CAAGCCUUGCUUUACGGUAAUGUACUGUUAGCAAUUAGCAAGCAAGUAGCUGUCUGCCUAUAUAAUAGAUAAUGAACAACGACGUGCUGCGUUUUUAAGUUGUCAUCUUUUCCUGUCAUGGCCUUUUAGGCGGUCGCUUGUGUUUCUGCGCUUUUAUAGCGUUAGUACAAGCUUGUGUCGGAAGCAGUUAAGCGGGCGGCAUGGUUUAUUCUCUUGUCCUACAGCAGGCCAGAUGCGCCCGUUGUGUUUUGCAUUGGCAUGGCUUUCGGGACAGCAGGGCGAUACUCCUGACAGCUGGUAAAAGAGCCUCUCCGCUGAGCCAUGUUGUUACAGGAAUACACAGCGGUGCUGUGUGUGAGCAGAGACGAGGUUUCUCAGUCGACUUCAGGUUGAAUAAAGAAAGAAGCAAAGAGAAGGUGCCUCAGGUGUCAGUAUCUGGACCCCAUGCAAGUCCGCCGGUGGCCUCAGCGGCUCAGAAAGUUAAGCAAGCAGGCAAAGAUUUCACAUACCUGAUAGUUGUCGUUAUUGGGAUUGGAGUCACAGGUGGAUUGCUGUACGUCGUGUUCAAAGAGUUGUUCUCAUCGUCGAGUCCGAGUAAAAUUUAUGGGAAAGCUUUAGAGAAAUGCAGAGCGCAUCCAGAGGUUAUUGGAGCUUUUGGAGAGCCAAUAAAGGGUUAUGGAGAGACUACUCGUCGAGGGAGAAGACAGCAAGUGAGCCAUGUUGAGUACAUUAAAGAUGGCUUGAAGCAUAUGCGCUUGAAGUUUUACAUUGAGGGGAGUGAACCCCGGUUGCAGGGGACUGUGCAUACAGAGAUGAAAGAGAACCCUGAAAGUGGAAAGUAUGAAUUCCGCUACAUAUUUGUGGACAUAGACACCUACCCAAGGAGAACCAUUGUUGUUGAAGAUAACAGAUAAGAUUUUUGAGGGUGUAUUAUAGGGUUAGAUUUUUUUUUUUUCCCUGAAAAACUUUGGGCUUUGAAAGAGGUUGCUGACAGUGAAAUUAUAUGAAUUAACUUUUAAAUUCUCUGAAAACAGCCAAUAGUGGAUAUCUUGUGCAUUGGAAGUCAUGUUCUAAAUCUGGUUUGGCAUGUGUGAUUUUAGUUUUGAUUUCUACAAUAUAAUUGACAAUGAAAUAUUAUAUAUAUGCUGUAAUUAUGUAGAUGGUUGUUGUCAAAAUAAUUGCCAAUGCAAAACUGUGCGAUUGC